GUCGCCGGCACCAUCUUAGCCAACUUCACAAACGGGGUGCUGUACUUCUACGGCAACCUCGUCGCGUACAUGGAUUCGUAUUUCGUCGUGGCGUGCGGCUCGAAGUGCGACGACAUGAGCUCCUCGUCGAUACUCUCGCUCUAUGUCGUUUUUCAGACCAUCGGGAUGCUGUGCGCCAGACCCCUGGUCGCAAAGUUGGGACUGUUCGCUUCGUUCGUUUCGGCGCUGCUCCUCGCCGACAUCGGUUAUUUCCUGAGCUACUUUUCCGUUCAGUCGUCUGUGGCAGCGACCGUGGCCACUCUUGGAGCCAUGGCUGGUCUUGGGCAUGGCGCGGCUCUCGCCUUGAGCCUUUUCUACGUGACGGUGAUGAUGCCCGAGCAUGCCGGCGUCUUGUAUGCGUGUGUGUCUAGUUCCAGCACCUUGGGAUCUGUCAUCGUCAACCAGUUGAUCACGUAUUACAUUAACCCUGCUAAUGAAAAGGUGGACGAGAGCUAUGGAAUGGGGAUAUACUUCUCUGAUGCGGACGUGUUAAGCCAUGUUCCAUCGGUAUUCCUCCUGCUGGGAACCCUUUCCGUCGGGUUUCACAUUGCGGCCGUCGUGUUUUUGAAAGUUUCAUCAGUAGGUAACACGUUCCAGGAAGCCCAGGUGACCGUCGAGAAGGAAGAAAACUCAGUGAAUUUGGAUUCAUCCACGGAAACUCCACCACUUGUGGACGUAUACGCAGAACCCCUCAACAGUGAGAAACAGACGAAUUAUGCGACUUUUGAGGCAAAUAAUGAACAUGAAAGAUACAUAGAAUAUCAUGCAGUGCAGCUGGAGAAGCCAACACCAGAAAUACCAGAAUGCACCAAUGAGUCCGUGUCUUCAGAUCUCCCAUCAGGGGCGAAGCAUAAUCCCGAUUACACACCUGUGGCCAUGUUGAGAGAACGCCGGUUUUACAUCAUCUGGGCGUCGCUAGCAGCGCUGCAGUACGGAUUCCUCCAGAAGAACAACUACUAUAAAAUAAUGGCAGAAGUCUGGAUAGACGACGACCAGUUUCUGACGACCGUCGGCACGGUAUGGCCGUUGUUCGUGCUGCCGAGCCGUCUGUUAUUCGGCCGGCUCUUGGACAGGCGCAUCACAACCAUCAAGGACGCCAUCGUCAUCGCCCUGGGUCCGAACUCUUUCUUUCUAGUCCUCUGGUACUUCACGCCCUCCACCAGCCGGUGGUUGUACACGUUCUGGACAUUCUGCCUGACGGUGUUUCAGUCCGCUAUCUAUGUGACGUACCCAAUGACGGUGCUCAAGUUGUACGGAAUAACACACUACAACACCAACCUGGGGCUCAUAGGUACGGCAAUGAUGCUCGCAAGUCUCAUCUCGCCCACUUUGAACGAAGUUUUACUGCAGUCAGGGGGUUGGUUCUGGCUCUUCUUCACG